GUUCGCUCCGAGUCUCCAGCCUGCCGAGAGCUGAAGCGAUCCUCCCUCUGUGUCUUCCGCAGCCCUCCGCCUCGCCGCCUCUCAGUCUCCUCAGAGUCGCCCUCUCUCACCGCCGCCGCCAUGAACGGGCAGCUCAACGGCUUCCACGAGGCGUUCAUUGAGGAGGGGACGUUCCUCUUCACUUCCGAGUCUGUAGGGGAAGGUCACCCAGAUAAGAUUUGUGACCAAAUCAGUGAUGCUGUCCUUGAUGCACACCUUCAACAAGACCCUGAUGCUAAAGUGGCUUGUGAAACUGUUGCUAAAACUGGAAUGAUUCUUCUUGCUGGGGAAAUUACAUCCAGAGCUGCCAUUGAUUACCAGAAAGUGGUUCGUGAAGCCAUAAAGCACAUUGGAUAUGAUGACUCUUCCAAAGGGUUUGACUACAAGACUUGUAAUGUGUUGGUUGCCUUGGAACAACAGUCACCAGAUAUUGCCCAAGGUGUUCAUCUUGACCGGAAUGAGGAAGAUAUUGGUGCAGGAGACCAGGGUUUGAUGUUUGGUUAUGCCACUGAUGAAACUGAAGAGUGUAUGCCUUUAACCAUUGUCUUAGCACACAAGCUAAAUGCCAAAUUGGCUGAACUACGCCGCAAUGGUACAUUGCCUUGGUUACGCCCAGAUUCUAAAACUCAAGUGACUGUGCAAUAUAUGCAAGAUCGGGGUGCUGUGCUUCCCAUCAGAGUCCACACGAUUGUUAUAUCUGUUCAGCACGAUGAAGAAGUUUGUCUUGAUGAGAUGAGGGAUGCUCUGAAGGAGAAAGUGAUCAAGGCUGUUGUACCUGCAAAAUACCUUGAUGAGGAUACAAUUUACCACCUACAGCCAAGUGGCAGAUUUGUUAUUGGUGGGCCUCAGGGUGAUGCUGGCCUGACUGGCCGAAAAAUCAUUGUGGAUACUUAUGGCGGUUGGGGAGCUCAUGGAGGAGGGGCCUUUUCAGGAAAGGAUUAUACCAAAGUGGACCGUUCAGCUGCUUAUGCUGCUCGUUGGGUGGCAAAAUCCCUUGUUAAAGGAGGUCUGUGCAGGAGGGUUCUUGUUCAGGUCUCUUAUGCUAUUGGAGUUUCUCAUCCAUUGUCGAUCUCCAUUUUCCAUUAUGGCACUUCUCAGAAGAGUGAGAGAGAGCUAUUAGAAAUUGUAAAGAAGAAUUUUGAUCUUCGCCCUGGGGUCAUUGUCAGGUAAAGAUGGUAAAACCUAUUGCUAGUGAGAUAGGGGUUUGGGACAUAUAUACUAAAAUCUGAGGAGAUAGAGGUAGACUUCUCGUGAGGGGAAACAAAUUUUAAUUCCUAGAACAUGCCAAUAUUUUAAAUUGUCUUCAGACAGGGAUCUAGCUGAUUAAGUUAGUGUUCUGUGACUUAAAAUAACAUUCUAGAAAGUUCUCCAUCUUUGAUUCUGAGCUUUGUGCUUAUCUUAACUAAGGGUGCUACAUUAAGAAUAAGCUAAAGUGGGAUGCUCAAAGUUACAAAGAAAAUAACCAUAGUGGUCAGUGAUUGGACCUUGGUAAGUAUUCAAUUGGAAUUCCUGAGAAUGAUAAGUUUUCAUUUGUCAAGCCAGAGCUGGAAAACAAGAACUGUAGUUACUAUUAAUAAAAACUGCAAGUAACACAAGGGAAGUAACAAAUACUUUCGCCAUGAACUUUUUUCCUAGCAAACCCCAGGGAGAACUGAACUCAUUUGCCAGAACUCUUGAAAUGAGUCUUGCUGAUUGUUUUGCUCUGUUUUAAUUUAAUGCUACAUAUUAAGUUAUGGACUUGUAUAUUCCAGGGAUCUGGAUCUGAAGAAGCCAAUUUAUCAGAGGACUGCAGCCUAUGGCCACUUUGGUAGGGACAGCUUCCCAUGGGAAGUGCCCAAAAAGCUUAAAUAUUGAAAGUGUUAGCCUUUUUUCCCCAGACUUGUUGGCGUAGGUUACAGAGAAGCCUUCAAGCUCUGAGGGAAAGGGCCUUCUUCCUAAAUUUUUCUGUCCUCUUUCAGCUCCUGAUCAGUUGCAGUCACUCUAAUCAAUGACAUGAAUUUUAGCUUUUGUGGGGGACUGUAAGUUGGGCUUGCUAUUCUGUCCCUAGGUGUUUUGUUCACCAUUAUAAUGGAUAUAGUGAGCAUAGGUGAGCCAUGUAACUGCCUAGAAACAAACACUGUAGUGAAUAAUGCUUUGAAAUCGAACCUUUGUGCCCUAUCACCUAAUCCUCCAAAGUCCUAAUUGCAAUUACUUUCCCACCAGAUGCUGAAAACAUCCUUGUAGUGUGCACGUAAAGUACUUGUAGUUUGACUGUAGACUCUGGCAAUGCCACAGCCCUGUCAGCAUGAAUCUGUAACGUCUUGAGCUCUAUUUAUUGAAUGUGAAGCCCCUGUCCUUAUCCUCCCUGUAACUCAUUUCUAAUUAUGUAGUUCUUUAUCAGGGAGUGUUCCUAUCCAAUCAAUCUUGCAUGAAACGAAAGUUUCAGUUGGAGCUCUAGCCUGACUUUGAAAAAAAAAAAAAAAAAGGCAGUUACGAUUAAACCAUCUCCCUGGUGCUUAUGCUAUUAAUUGCCACCUCAAACAGCACCAAAUCAAAAUCUCUCCACUUUUCAGCUGUCUUUGGAGGACGUACGUAAUAAGGUUUUAUUUAGUAAACCAACCCUAUGCAUGGUUUCAGCACUAGCCAAACCUCACCAACUUUUAGUCUAGAAAAACAGGCAUUUGGCACCCUUGUGAUAUACAGAGAAGUCACAGGGCAGUACCUGAGGGUCUGUAGGUUGCACACUUUGGUACCAGGUAACUUUUUUUUCUUUAUAAGAAAGAGUACUCCACACUGCACAAUAGCUCCUCCCAGGGUUUUAACUUUGUUUUAUUUUCAAAACCAGGUCCAAUGAGCUUUCUGAACAGCUGGUGUAGCUACAGAGAAACCAGCUUCCUUCAGAGAGCAGUGCUUUUGGCGGGGAGGAGGAAAUCCCUUCAUACUUGAACAUUUUCUAAUUGCUUAUUUAUUGUAUUCUGGGGUAUGGCGUAAGUACAGAGAAGCCAUCACCUCAGAUGGCAGCUUUUAAAAGAUUUUUUUUUUUCUUCAACACCAUGAAUUCCUUUAACAUGUUUCCAGCAUUCCCAGGUAGGCCAAGGUGUCCUACAGAAAAACCUUGGGUUAGACCUACAGGGGGUCUGGCUGGUGUUAACAGAAGGGAGGGCAGAGCUGGUGCAGCUGGCCAUGGAGAAAGCUGACUUGGCUGGUGUGGUACAGAGAAGCCAGCUUGUUUACAUGCUUAUUCCAUGACUGCUUGCCCUAAGCAAGAAAGUGCCUUUCAGGAUCUAUUUUUUGGAGGUUUAUUACGUAUGUCUGGUUCUCAAUUCCAACAGUUUAAUGAAGAUCUAAAUAAAAUGCUAGGUUCUACCCAAA